AUGAAGAAAAAUCUUCAGAAAUGCUCAUCAGAUAACUGGGACUGCAAAUGCUCAGGGUCCGCAAAUAUCGCAAAUUGUUACGCGAAUUGCCCAGACAGCCCAGACUAUAUCGCCGCUCAAUCAUCCAGCGCCUCUAAUUGUGCUACUGCCAACGCCUACGACAAGGGAAAUACAGUUGUACCGAACACAUGGAAGACGAUGGACUUUUACAACAACGUGCACGUAACCGCCACAAGUACCGACAGUGAAGCUAGCCCAACAUCUACUGGUGCGGAGAAAUUGGACGCUCAAAAGGAAUCUACGAAGCCUUCUAAGGGAGCCGCGAAUGUGAAAGCCCAGGGAAGCUGGCUUGCUUUGGUUGGUUUGGGUAUUGGCGCAUUAUUCUGA